AUGGCUGAACCUGAUGAUCUAUCAACCGUUUUUGAUGUCCCCGACUUAUGGAAGAGGUCAAAAUGGCACGCGCGGCUAAACGACGAUCUUGACCGACCGGAUCCCUUCUUCUCACCCAGUCUCAAAAGUCAUGAUCUAGACUCUAGUUUAGUGCAAUUAUCAUCAAUAGCCGUCGAGAAGAAUGGUUUCUUCCAGCUACCGUCCCUACAGCCUGAAGAGGCUGAGCCCGAAGGCACCACCUCCUCCAACGAUGUCCCGACCCCCAAAGAGACCAUUCAUGAUGCGGAGCCGACGGACGAUUUAUGGAUGGAUAUCGACGAGCUGGAGGCAAAGACUGCCGAGCACAAGACUUGGGACGGCUUUAUUGCCGGUGGAUCAACAGUUGGUCAACCACAUAUGGUAACCGAAGCUGGUGCUGGUGUCUACGAUGCCCUCCUGACGUGGUCGAUGGACCCUCUGGAGCUCAAGAACUCGGACACACCUAUUAUCGAUGCCAAGGCCUACUUCACCUCGCUACUUGCUUUGGCACUUGGGCAAGAGUCAGUUUUCUUCCUCAGGCCAGACAAGGGACGGUCUUUGGCGCCAGCAUUGCCCAGCAUGCGUGUUUCGGGGUAUUCGAGAGAUGUCCUCGAAGGAUUAGAGAAGCAGUGUCACAAAUGUGGUUUGAUGUUCUUGGAACUUCAAUCCUUUGUCCAAACCACAUAUUCAAAGCGUACUAACCGGUGUGGUGUUGCUUUGGCUGGUGCCCUUGACCAGGUCCUCAAGGAUGUCCAGCAGCAUGUGGCGGUAUCUGGUCAGAAUCCCCGAUCACUUUUGGAACUGCAGUCAACUGUCAAAGGGCUUUUGGCAAUCUUGGCCCCCUUUCGCAGACUAACGUCGAAAUUUCGCAAGGGAUACACGGAUGAGCACGUCCUCUCUUACGUGUUUCACGAAGCUUAUUCGGUUGACUAUGGCGAGGAGCAACUGCGUGGGAUCAUGCGUGAGGUUUUGCAACGAGUCUCACAGCCAUGGAUUGAGUUCCUAGAGGAAUGGAUCGGAACCAAGCGGGAAGAAGGCCUCCCACUAACAAAAGCCAACGUUGGUGAGAGCAAGGGAUUCAUCAAGGUCGACAAGGAGAAAUAUAUGGAUGACUUUGGUCAAGAGGUGGAAGAUGUCGAUUUCCGCUUGGAUGAGAACAAGAUGCCGCACUUUAUGCCAUACGACAUUGCCAAGUCCAUCUUUGAGACGGGCAAGAAUCUGCGGUUCAUUAGGACAUGCCACCCAGAACACCCCUUGGCGACGCCGAAUAUCCUCGAGGUGACUCAACCUCCCAAGGUCGGCUGGCUUUACGAUUGGGACGCUAUCCACGAACUCGAGGCUCGGGUUAACGAGUACCGGGCCAAUCUCUUUGAGGCGGUUCAAAAGGCCAGGACGCAUCAAGCGUCAGACCAGCAUGAGGAGCAGGAUCUUCUGAAGCGUUACAUGCUUCCGUUGGCUUCCGGGGCCGAAUUGCAAUACCAUGGCAUCGAGGCGGACCAAAUGGAACAGCGACUCUUGGCGUCCAUCGAGCAGUUCAACCAGCCUCUGCCUGAUCAUGGGGCCGAGGAUUCUCUGAGCCAAGUUGUCCGCCAAAGGCUGUCUGGGGCCUAUCGACCUCCCGCCCAACGUCCUGAUUUUGCGCCUCACUGGUCACUGCUCCCAGUGUUGUCCUUCGGUGGUAUUGCUUCAGCCCAAUCCUAUGUGGUCAACCAAGAGAGUCUGCGACUUCUGUUUAGUAACCAUGACUUGCGCAGCCAUCUCAAGAUGCACCGCGACUUCCACAUGUUUGGAAAUGGAUUAUUCGUCAGUCGCUUAUCACACGCCUUGUUCGACCCUGAGUUGGAGACAGCUGAACGCCAAGCUGGAGUCGCACGACAGGGUGGUGUCAUGGGCCUUCGCCUUGGAGGUCGAGAUACUUGGCCACCAGCGAGCUCUGAGCUACGGCUCGCGCUGAUGGGUGUCCUGGCGGAGAGCUUUACAUCCGACAAUGGCUUUUCCAAGGAAAGGUUGACCAGUAUAUCCAGGGACUCGACCGAACUGCCGGGAGACCUGAGCUUUGGUGUGCGAGAUCUGUCGGAAGAGGAGAUUGAGAAGUGCAUGAAUCCAGAUUCUCUAGAGGCUCUCGACUUUCUCCGCUUGUCCUACAAGGCGCCAGGUCCCCUGUCCAGCAUCAUUACUCCAGUCAUCUUGACACAGUAUGAUCGCAUCUUCAAGUUUCUGCUAAGAAUCCUGAGGAUGCUAUACGUAAUCAACCAGCUCUUCCGGGACGUCAACUCCAGAACGACCCAAUGGUACGACCCUGAGGACAUCUCAUAUCGAUUUGCUCGAGAGGCACACCACUUCGUGUCAGGCAUCACUUCAUUCUUUUUCGAUUCGGGCAUUGCUAUCCCUUGGCAAGCUUUCGAGGCCAAGCUGAACAAGAUUGAGUCAGAUCUGAACAACCCAGACCUCAGCAGCACACCAGAAACGGUCGAGAGUCCUGACAGGCUUCGAGAAUUUCACUCGCGAGUCUUAGACCGGAUCAUGCUCUCUCUGUUCCUCAGAAAGAGACAGCAGCCGGUUUUGAAGCUUCUCGAUGAAAUAUUCGUCUCUCUACUGGCGUAUUCCAAGUUCUCUCGAAUGAAAGCCAUGGGGAUAGGCCCAGACACAAGCCCUGAAGAAACACGAGACGAGAUUAAGCGACUCUACAAGAACUUCAAGACCAAGGUUCAAAUUUUUGCGACCGUUUGCCGAGCAUUGACAGAAAAGAGUCGAUCUACAAGCAACAAGGUGUCGGACGACUUGGGACUGAAACAGGAGGGCAUUGGAGAAGAUCACAUGGUGGCCCAGCUUCUGAUGAAACUGGAGAUGAACGACUAUUACACCAAGGGCUAG